AUGGUGAAUGCAACAGCUGCUCCACAGUUGAUUCUCUUGUUGAUGACGGAUCAAUUUCGCCAAGAUGCCUUUACUCCGGAAAUCACACCCAAUUUGUAUCAUACCUUCUCGUUGGAUCCUCACGCCACUACCUUCUCCAAUGCCUACGUGAGCACUCCCAUUUGCACACCGGCUAGAGCAGGAUUGCUGACGGGAAAGUCUCCUUGGGCACAUGGCAUGUUGGGGUACGCUUACACGGUCAAUUGCAGUAGUUACCCCACCACCUUGCCGCAGGUGCUGCAGGAUAUGGGAGGUUACGAAACCUUUUCGGUGGGCAAGAACCAUUUUGGAUGGCAUCCAUCCGGGGAAUACGCUGGACAGGGAUAUCAACAUCGGCAAGUAUACGAUGCCUUGACCCGUCAACCUCAUCCUGACGAAUAUAUGGAAUAUUGGGACAACUUACAUCCUGGAGUGGAUCCGCUCAGUGUCACCUGUGAACAUGGAUUGACCUACAAUGAGUGGCGAGCAUGUCCUUAUGGUGGAGUUAAUGAAAGUGAACAUCCUACGCCUUGGACGACACGACAAGCUCUGAAAUACUUGAAUUCCUUUGAUUUUUCCAAUAAUUCCAACCAAAAAAUGUUUCUCAAAGUCAGUUACCACCGCCCUCAUUCACCCUAUGAUCCCCCGGCGAGGUUACUCGACAAACGAUUGCAAGGACAUGUCCCCAAACGAUUCAUCAAUAAUACCAGCUGGGAUAUUAGAUACGCCAAUUCUACACCCAUGGGUGCUUCGGAUUGGUUUGGUGACCCUGGAGAUGAAGUGGCUCGGCAUUCUCGUGCUGGGUAUCUGGCCAGCUGCGAGUUUGUCGAUGAAGGCAUGGGGACCAUUUUUCAAUGGCUCAAAGAACAUGGCUUGUGGGAUUCCUCUUUGAUUAUCUGGACCACGGAUCAUGGUGAUAUGAAUGGGGAUCACAACAUGUGGCGCAAGGGGUAUCCUUAUGAAGGAAGCUCGCACGUCAAUCUUGUUGUCAAAGUUCCAGCGGCUGAUGGUUCGUCCAACACAAUCAUGGACACACCCAAUAGGAGUCCAGCGUUGGUGGAAACCCGCGAUAUUGCGGUGACAAUCUACGACUAUCUUGGUUUGUUGGGCAAGGUGAAACAAAAAGAUCCUUUGGUGAAUGGCAAGUCCUUGAUACCAAUUGUGAAGAGUGGUGGAGACGUGAAUCAUCAAGUCCGGUCCUGGUUGGACCUGGAAUUGGCAACACAGUACAGAGCUGACAUUCAAUGGAAUGCCAUUGUGGGACGAUUUGAGUUCACCGAUGAUGGCGGAGAGGAGUCGUGUGGAUUGUGGAAAUACAUUUACCAUGUUUGGAUUGGUCAAGAACAGUUGUUCUGUUUGACGCGAGAUCCAUGGGAAACCUAUGAUUUGUCCAAGGUUCGUGCGUUCUCACCAGUCACAAAGCACUGGAGGGAUACCAUGAUCCAUCAGUUUGAAACGGAGCAACGUGGGGAACGGUGGGUCAAGAAUGGUCAUUUGGUUGUUGGACGAUGGACGCCUACAUUGGCAGCAAACUUUCCAUGCAAAAACGACAAUGGCGGUAAGAGGGAUGGGAAGUGGGAGGACGACUCUGAAUCUCUAAUUGUGAAAGCAGAAUAUUAG